GCCCUCCUCCCGCUCGCUCCCGGCGCGGCCGGCGCUCCGCUCUGAAGUUGCAGCAAGUUCGCCGGUCGGGCGGCGGCGCCGCGGGCGCCCGGAGCCUUCCUCGCCCUUGGCUGGCCGAGACUCCCGGGGCGCAUGGGCGCGGGCCGCACCCCGCCAUGGAGGGCCUGGCGGAGGUGGAGGCGCGGGCGAGCGACCGCGGGCGGCUGGUGGAGGUGCGGCUGAGCGGCGGCGCGCCCUGGGGUUUCACCCUGAAGGGCGGCCGCGAGCACGGCGAGCCGCUGGUCAUCACCAAGAUUGAGGAAGGAAGUAAAGCUGCGGCUGUGGACAAGUUACUGGCCGGAGACGAGAUCGUGGGCAUCAAUGACGUUGGCCUCUCGGGGUUUAGACAGGAAGCCAUUUGCCUGGUGAAAGGGUCCCAUAAGACCUUGAAGUUGGUGGUCAGAAGGAGGAGUGACGUGAGCUGGAGACCUCACUCGUGGCACGCCACCAAGCUCUCUGACGGCCACGCUGAGCCCGCGGCCUCUCUGCUCCCUGCCAGCAGUGGCUGCUCUUCCUGGCACGGCAGACACCACGCCAGUUCUUCCUCCCAAGACCUGUCUGGCUCGUGGGAGCCGACAAACCUACAGCGCACUUCGGACCACUUCAGCUCCCUGGGCAGCGUUGACAGCCUGGACCACCCCUCCCAGCCCUACCCCUCUGGACACCUCUCGGCAGCCAAGUCCAGCAGCAGCAUCGACCACCUGGGUGGCCCCAACCAGCGAGACUCGGCGUAUGGCUCGUUUUCCACCAGCUCAAGCACCCCAGACCACACCCUGCUGCCCAAGGCCGAGGCGUCCUCCGCGGAGAACAUCCUCUACAAAGUGGGGCUCUGGGCGGCUUCGCCUCAGAGCCUGGAAGAGAGGCCCUCCGCCUUCCCACCCAGGGCCCCCGGGGACAACAGGAAAAGCCCCAGGCCGGAGGACGGGACUGAGCCCAAACCGGCCACUUCCGGCCGGUCCAGUUUUGGGCCCGUCUGGCAUAUCCCUGACAAGAAAAAAGCCCCUCCAUCCCCACCCCCUCCUGCACCUCCCCUGCGCAGUGACAGCUUUGCUGCCACCCAGAGCCAUGAGAAGACGCAGGGCCCUCCAUUCUUAGAGGCGGCCACAACGCAGCACUUGCCAGCCCCAGUCCGGGUGCAGCCUCGAGGCGAGUGGAGGCCGGACCUGGCCAGUUGGCAGUGGAGGCCAGGGGGCCCGAGCAGCGGGAAGGAAGCAGGAGGCCACCCUGACUGUGGCUGGCCGGGUGGCGAUGAGAGGGCGGGCGGCCCCCUGGGCAGGCCCCAGGCCUCCCUGCCCAGCACUGAUGUGCGCCUCGCACGGCCUCCCCACGGGGCCCAGCACCCGUGCCAGGGCAGCGACGAGGGCCCCCGGAAGCCCGUGCCACUGAGGGAGCGGCCGCACGUGGCCCCCUCCGCAGAGUGGCAGGAGCUGCCUGUGCCACGCUGCCAGGAUGGUGGCCCCCCACAGGCCAGGUGGCCCAAGGCUGCCAGCCAGGGCUAUUAUUCCUGCGUGGCCACCAGGCAGCCCCCGUUCCUUGGGGAGUGUUGGCACUGGGGCGCAGUCCCCAGGGCUUUUGACUGCCCUCCCUCGCACCAGGCGGUGGGCCCGAGCCUGCGGUGCCCCCUUGCCCGCCAUGAGGAGCCAGGUCCCCUGCCCAAUGCAGCUGCGGAGGGCGGCUUCUCCUCGGGAUUUCACGAGCUGCGCAGGGCCAGCCACGUCGAGCAAGGCACUCAGGGGACCCUGGCUGGUGGCUGCAGAUGGACAGAUGCGGAGGGCGGCAGAAUCUCCCGCCAGCGGACGCCCAUGUUGCACUCGCUGACCCAGGAGGGCCAGGUGGGCGGUGUGGAGAAGCUGCCGCCAUUCGAUGCGCAGGUGGGUCGACCCGCACGGCGAAGCGACCGGUUCGCUACCACGCUGAGGAAUGAGAUCCAGAUCCGCAGGGCCAAGCUGCAGAAGAGCAAGAGCACGGUGACGCUGGCCACAGCCAGCGAAGGCGAGGGUGAGGCCAGCAGCUGGCGGCCCCAGGCUGGUGCCGCCUCAGAGGGCUCCUUCUCCAGUACCUACAAAGUCCACCUGAAGGAGGCCCAGGGGCGAGUCCUGAGGGCCACUUCCUUCAAGCGCCGUGACUUGGACCCCACCCCGGCAGACCAGUAUCCUGGGCCACCAGAACACAGGAGCGGGGAGCACAGCACCGCCUCGUCAGGCCCCGGGGAGCCAGACUCCGUGCCUCGCUUCUGGGAGGCGGGCCCGGCCCAGCCGGCCUCAUCAGGAGGCGGCCCGCCCCAGGUGCCGCGGGUCGGAGGCCGGAAGAGGUUCACAGCGGAGCAGAAACUGAAGUCGUACUCUGAGCCGGAGAAAAUGAACGAGGUGGGGCUCUCGGGGGACUGCGGUCCGCACCAGCACCCCAGGGGCCCCGAGGACACCAUGGGCACGUUUGCUGACAGGUGGAAGUUUUUUGAAGAAACGAGCAAACCUGCUCUCCAGAGGCUGGGCCAGAGACAAGCUGUGUGUGGGCCCCUGAGAGAGAAGUCGGAGUGGCCGAGGACGGCGGGCCACGCGUGCGAAGGCACGGAGUCGUGCUUCCAGAAGAGGACUCGCGCAACCUCCUUCGGAGAAAUCCUCACGGGUUACAGGAAAGCGGAAAACCCGGGCAAGUUGGACCCACCACAGAGACUUGGCACCUUUGCCGAGUACCAAGCCUCUUGGAAGGAACAGAGGAAGCCCUUGGAAAAAGCCAGGAGCUCUGGGCGGUGUCGCUCGGCCGAUGACAUUCUGGAUGCAGGUCUGGACCAACACCAGAGGCCGCGGUGUGUUCACGAACGGUCCCGGUCGUCGCCAUCCAGGGAGCACUACACGCAGGAGACGUCUGUUGAACCUCAGAGGCAGGCGGGGGACCCUGGUGGGGACAGAGAAGCACCUCUCUCUGCGGCCCGUGUCCAAGAGGCAUGUUCUACUCCGAGGAGAAGCAUGCAUCUCUGCACAGUGUGUGGUGUGACCUUGCUUUCCACGCGUGGAGGACGGACGGACGGAAGGAAGGGUGUGAACCAGAGUCCUAGACAAGCAGAUGCCCAGUGUCCUGAGGCCAGCCCAGCAGCAUGGCAGGACCCAGCGCAGCAGAGUGCACGGCCCCCAUCCUCAGUGUCUGGCUCCGCCCCAACUCGGGAAGCCCCUGAGCUGCCCCGAGAUAAUAGGCACUCUGAGGAGAACACGCCCGCAGACUUGGGACUACAAGUGCAGGGUGCCCCCUCGCCCCUGUCGGUUCAGGGACAGGACUCGUGUCCAGUGAGCGCCGCUGCACCCCCCAAGAGGCCAGCCCCGCAGAGGCCUCCGCCGCCCAGGCUCGAGUCCAGGAAGCACAGGACCCUGAUCUCAGCUCCUGCGGACCCUCACCCGGCCGGCCUGCCAACUACGUCCCUGAAUGCUGCUGUGACCUGCCAGUCCCUCUCGCGCAGCCCCUCCGGGUUCAGCAGUGCCCAGCCCCAAGACGCCCCCAAGGCCGCCGCCUGUGACAGCCAGCAUGUGAAAGAGGACACACCUUGUCCUCGGCCAGAAGCACUGCCCUCAUCCAAGUUCCGGCACCCGCAGGCCUUCGCCAUGGAGACCUCUCGCUCCCCCUCGCCGCAGUUUGCACCACAGAAGCUGACGGACAAGCCCCCCCUGCUCAUCCACGAUGAGCAUUCUACAAGAAUCGAGCGGGUGAUGGACAACAACACCACGGUAAAGAUGGUGCCCAUCAAGAUCGUGCACUCAGAGAGCCAGCCCGAGAAGGAGAGUCGCCAGAGCCUGGCACACCCGGCUGAGCUGCCCGUGCUGCCCAGCGGGCUGGAGCGGGACCAGAUCAAGACACUGAGCACGUCGGAGCAGAGCUACUCCCGCUUCUGUGUGUACACACGGCAGGGCCCCGAGGCUCAGGCCCCACCGAGAGCCCGGCCGCCUGCACCCCAGCCCCCGGGGCCCCCCACAGCCCCUGCACUGGACCUCUGCGCCUCCCCUCCAGGGCUCAGCUACACUAAGACCAAAGAGAAGACGGCAGAGGACCUGAAGUCCGAGGAGCUGGCCAGGGCGAUCGUGGGCAAGGAUAAGUCCUUGGCCGACAUCCUGGAUCCCAGCGUGAAAAUCAAGACCACCAUGGACCUGAUGGAGGGAAUCUUCCCCAAAGACGAGCAUCUCCUGGAGGAGGCUCAGCAGCGGAGGAAGCUGCUCCCCAAAAUCCCCUCUCCGAGGACCACAGAGGAGAAGGAAGAGGAGCCAAGUGUGCCAGCUGCUGUGUCUCUGGCCACCAAUUCCACCUACUACAGCACCUCCGCCCCCAAGGCCGAACUGCUAAUCAAGAUGAAGGGCCUGCAGCAGCAGGAACCUGAGGAGGAUUCAGGGAGUGACUUGGACCGGGACCUGUCCCUGAAGAAGCAGGAGCUCAUUGACAGCAUCAGUCGCAAGCUGCAGGUGCUCCGAGAAGCCCGAGAAAGCCUGCUGGAGGACAUCCAGGCCAACACCGCUCUGGGGGACGAGGUGGAGGCCAUCGCGAAAGACGUCUGCAAACCCAAUGAGUUCGCCAAGUUCCGAAUGUUCAUCGGAGACUUGGACAAAGUGGUGAACCUGCUGCUGUCCCUGUCGGGCCGCCUGGCCCGGGUGGAAAACGCCCUCAAUAACUUGGAAGACAGCCCUUCUCCUGGCGAUCGGCAGUCGCUGCUGGAGAAGCAGAGAGUCCUCAUCCAGCAGCACGAGGAUGCCAAGGAACUCAAAGAGAACCUGGACCGCCGCGAACGCAUCGUGUUUGACAUCCUGGCCGCCUACCUCAGUGAGGAGAGCCUGGCAGACUAUGAGCACUUCGUGAAGAUGAAGUCGGCCCUCAUCAUUGAGCAGCGGGAGCUGGAGGACAAAAUCCACCUGGGGGAAGAGCAGCUGAAGUGCCUGCUCGACAGCCUGCAGCCCGAAAGAGCCAAGUAAGUGGCCAGUCAGCCUGGCAGAGGGCAGCCACGGCCUCGGAGCUCCAUCGCCGUGCGUGGGAUCACUUAAUGAACCUUUUAGUUUCCGUUUGGAAUGGAGCCGUUUCCCUCACACAUGACUACAUGAGACGCCAGGCACUGGCUGGUGUGGUCCCCAUGGACCCACUACGCUGGGCCUGCGGGACUCAGACUGUCACCGUCAGCAGUAGGGCCGCUGUUCCUCCAUCUUCUGAUGCCAAACCAGCCACCUGGGAAGAUACCGAGAACAUCCUCAGGAUGCAUGAGAGGGGACUCCCUGGUGCACAUCUUCCCGCGGGUUCCAUCUGGGCAUGGGCUGCUGGGUUUUGUCCUUGCCGGGCCCUCAGUGUGAGUGUCCAUCGUCUCUACCCUAUAAUCAUGUUCCCUGACCCGGCAAAGUCAGGAUGAGAACGAUAAUCGAUUAACAUGUAGGAGAGAUGAAUGGUUUCCUAAUGGUUGAAAACCAGCUGGGAAAUGGACAGCCUAUAUGUUGGGUGCACUCGCUCUAAGAUUAUAAGUGCCACGUAAAGAAAUGAUGUGCGUGCUUUAGAACUCAUGCACAUGACAGACACACCACUGUGGUCCUUCUCACUUGGCAUCAGAGGUUCAGUGAUGUUAUUCAGCCAAGUAAGAGUACUUUGUUACGUGUGUCCAGUACUAAUGUGCUUGUUAGCUAUUUAUUUCCUGAGACUCAUGGAAUAUUUUUCUAGUUUCUUUUCCCCCAGAACAUUAAUGUUAUGCACAUACGGUCAUUCAUGAUCAUUGGUUUUUCUCUGUUUUGCCACCAAGUUUGCCCCCAAACAUUGAGGGCCACAUUCCAUGUACUUGUAAGAGCUUUCCUCUGCCUUAUCAGGGCCCCGUGGACUCUCUUAACUCUUAAACUUGACCUUUUUCUACUGCAGAGUUUAAAGAUUCCGUGCCUCUUUUGGGGGUUGAAAUGGCAGGACUCUAAAGAGAGACUUACUCAUUAAAUGACACCAUCAUGCUGUGGUUUCCAUUGGCAAUAAGAGACUGAGAGGAAAUAUUUGCAGGUCGCGUGUCUGACGAAGGAUUUAUACCCACAAUGGACGAAGACCUCGGAAAACCCACCAGUAGGAAAAUGAACAGCCCAGUUAAAAAGGGGGCAGCAGACUUGAACAGACAGUUCACCAAAGAAGAUAUACGCGUGGCAGAUGAGCACAGGCAGCCAUGUCCAGCUGCUGAUGACGUGGUUGUGACCUGCUGAUUUUAACCUAAUAAUUGUCGGUCCCGUGUGUUGCUGAAAAACGUUCAUCUAACCAGAGCCAUGGUUAAUGGCUUUGGUUAUCCCUCAGAUCACUGGAUGUGUAUGGAAUGUUUGUUCCUCAUUUCCCUCACUCCCUUGAGGAGCGUUAUAGCAGGUGUGGUGAGUUUCUCCCUCGGUUAGCAAUAACCACGGCCUUCCUAAAACGUGUUCAUAUGCGUGCACGCACAUGCGCACACACGUACUGAGCCUGACACGGAGGCGCCGCGUGGACGUGAAGGCUUGUCCUAUAGCCGAGUCCCAUUGGGCACCCUCAGUCCCGCAGGUGAUGCCGCCCACGCCCGCUCCUGCCCUCGCCAGCCGCCCAGUGCCGAAAGGACGAGUCUUUCAGAGGUGCUCCUGCCUGCUCGGCUGAGCUGUUCCUCGCUGGAAACGCGUGACUGCGGCAGCAGCUCCCUCCUCCUGUCCCCCUGGUAGCCCCUUGCUGGGAACAUGGGCCACUGGCUGGCCGCGGACCUCACGAGUAACUUGAUUGUUUUGUUUAUAAUUUACACUUUGUUUUUGACCUGUGAUUCUUUCCCCUCAAAUCCAGUAUUGGGAUCGUUUUACUAGUACACGUGUAAAACGCGAGUGAUCAAGUCUGUGCUCCCAGCUUUCACAUGUCUUUCUGGACUCUGUCUUAUACUUAGCAGCACACAGUGCUCUGGUGUCCUUUUAGCCAAGUACCCAUCAUGACACCCUUCCCAUCUGGUUUCCGCUUUGCCUCUGUAACGUCUGCUUCACAGGGAAUGGAAGACUCCAGGGGUCUCCAUGUACAUAACUCAGUACACAGAUGUAUUAUUGCUAUUAAAACAGAUAGGGUGCUACCAGUUGGCCCUGGGCACUCGGAGGUGGUGGCUGAUUUUUGCCCCUGUCAUAGCAAAGCUGUGGAAGUCUGCAGAGAGGGCCUUCUCUCACCUGGGAAGUUUACAGCCUGUAUCCUGCAGCAUAUUGUUUCAAAUGUGUAUAUAUUUCAUGUUUGACACUUGCCACUUACUGAUCAACAGAACAUCCUGCUUGAUUUUAACGAAAUAAAUACUGUGUCUUCAAGGGAAA